CCACUUUGACUCGCGCAUAGCACCACAAGUCGAAUCUUUCCGACUCCGCCAAUGCGAGAGCGGAUGGGGGUCAAAAAUUGGGGGACCACACGGCGAGUCACGGUACGGGAAAUCGCGGCAAACGCCCGAGCGGCCGCCAUCCGGUGGUCAAGGAUUAGCAUAGGCCCCGAGGAUAUCCCGACCUACACUGGACCGCCAUGUAGUCUGACAGUACGCUUCUGUCACAGUAGGAGGUUCUUCGAUCCCCCAACGCGUAGAGCCAUCAAGAAAGCCGCAUGAGCCACCAGGAAGCUCAUCAAGCGUGUCUGGAGGGACCGCUAUGGCGAGAGAGCAAGCCCGGCUCAUCCAUCUUCACUCGCUUGUGCCAUGGCCAAGAAGCGUCUGCAAGCUUCAACCAGAACGUCUGCGAUGGUCAUACCGAGCUUUCCAUGUGCCUGACCUUUCGUUACGAUGGAAGCGGCGAAGAUCUGGUCCUUCGAUCAAAGGAAGCCUGGCGUCAGAUUCGACGCUGGCAUCCCGAGUCUGGGAUCGAAUUGAGUACGGGAACAGAAGAGGAGCAGACCAUGACCUUCGUCGACUUUGCGAGCCGCGGCACAGAAGGAGCCAUAGAAGAGGACCAAUGGCUUAAGGAGACGUGGGAGGUCAUUGAAGCGGGCAAUGACCCACGCAUUGCGACCUGGAUAGACGUUGCCACACUCACCUAUCGCCGCAAGCUUCCUACAGCCGGCAAGAGAAGCAAGAUGUAUCUGGUUCUGGCACCGAGGCAGCCAUCGAAACCUGCAAGUCCUACCGAUACAGUCGACGAUCUUGACGUUCAAGAUCACUGCUUCAUCUGGAACGUGUCCCAUGCGGUCACCGAUGGCUUCAGCUUCAACAAUUUCUUCAAUACAUUCCUGGAGCUGGUAGCUGGAGACAAGGCCACAUCCAAUGCUGUGAAUACCGUUGCUAUCGCCGAGCGUUUACCGGGCACUGUUCUGUCCGCUUACGUCAUGAAGUAUCAACCGAAGGAGGCAGAUCGGAGACUUAGCAACGAAGCGGCUGCGGAACAAACAAGACUCUACCAAGCACGAAUGCACGAAUCAGUUGUUUUGCGGCCACGACCGGAUCAGGCGUAUCGGAGACAUCUGACGACCUGCCUGCUGAACCGUCUGUCAGCCAUCGUUUCCGAAAAAGUCAUCCUCAGCCUCAAAAGACUCGCGGUUCCUAUCUCGGUCACUUACAUUGGAGCAGCUAGUCUUAUACUGAGUAUUCGCCGCUUAUUCGGGACAGGCGUAGAAACGGGCGCGCUCCUAGGCCUCACCAGGAACGCACGCAGAUGGGUUCAUACAGAUGGCGCCAUCCGGUCUGGUGAAGAGAGCAAUGCAUUAGAUGCACCCAUACCAAUGGCAACGGAUGUUGUGUACCUUUGGGUACCGUUUGAGGGCCUUGAGUUGGCGAACCCGAGUAGUCCGGUGACCGCAGAGCACCUGGUCGCUUUGUCUUAUCGCAUCAGAAGUGCACUUGAGCCGCAUCUGAGCAGCCCACAUUACAUCUCACAGCAUCACCUCAUGGCUGUUGCAUUCAUAAGGGCUCUUCAGAGCUCUCAGGGCCCGUCGAGAGAGCCGGAAUUUGGUCCACAAGCUCCAGGCUUCUCCCCUGGUGGGGCAUGGUCUAUCAGAGAGCAUUUCCCGGCAUCCCAAGGCAGCAAUGGUAUCCUGCAACGGAAGUUCCUGUAUCAGACUGGUCGGCAAGUGAGCCCUUCUCCUUGGAUAUCCAUGUACGCCGUCAGCGGCAGAAUCUGCUUCCACUUGGGCUUCGACGAGAAGUACUGGACGCGCGAGGACAUGAAGGACCUGCUUCGCUCCACUAGUGACGGCGUUGCUAGCAUUGCAGCUCUUUAAUACGAAGCAUGGAUGCGUGAAGGUGAUGAUCUGAGAGACUCAGGCUGCACAGGGACUUCCCUCAUAGCUCAGCCUCUCUGUAGACUACUCUUUUGGCGUAAUGAUCGAUGUCGCGGUACAUCCGGCCAAAGCUUCGGAGUCUCAAAAGGUAGGACGAUGUUGCUGCCUGGGGUAAGAAGUCCAGGGAGCUUCUUCCGAGAGGCUGUCAUCAAAUGGUAUAGAUCAAGUCGCUCGAUUCCCUGAGGUAGCUAUCAAAGACGCUAGGCAGUCGAAGGUACUCGGUCCAGAGGCAAUAGUGGCAGGCGGGGGGACAAGAUGAGCUUCUCUAGUGCAGAGCAAGCGGAGAGGG